UUCCCCUCUCUCCUACUUUAAGAAGAGACCCACCAAUGUAUAUCAAACAGAUUAUCAUUCAAGGGUUCAAGUCUUAUAAAGACCAGUUAACUAUUGAUCCUUUCAGUCCUAAGCACAAUGUCAUUGUGGGUCGAAAUGGUUCAGGAAAGAGUAACUUUUUUGCAGCUAUUCGUUUUGUUUUGGGAGAUGCAUACCAAAGCUUAAGCAAAGAAGAAAGACAAGCUUUGCUUCAUGAAGGUGUUGGUGCUGCCACCAUUUCUGCUUUUGUUGAAAUCAUUUUUGAUAAUUCAGACAAUCGUUUUCCUACUGGCAAAGACCAAGUCGUUUUACGUAGAAGUAUCGGUUUGACCUUGGACGAAUACUCGCUUGACAAAAAAGCCAUCACUAAAUCUGAAGUGAUGAGUUUAUUGGAAAGCGCUGGUUUCUCUCGCGCUAAUCCUUACUACAUUGUUCCUCAAGGUCGUAUUACUUCAUUAACAACAGCCAAAGAUGAAGAUCGUCUUAAGCUCUUGAAAGAAAUUGCUGGUACUCGUGUCUAUGAACAAAAGCGCACUGAAUCCAACAAACUCAUGCAAGAAACUCAAUCCAAGCGAGCCAAGAUUCAAGAAAUUCUGACUUAUAUUGAGGAUCGUCUGCAUGAAUUGGAAGCUGAAAAAGCAGAAUUAUCAGAAUUUCAAAAUUUGGAUAAGGAACGUCGUUCUAUUGAAUAUACCAUUUAUGCUCGUGAACAAUCCAGUGCCAAUCAAAGAUUAGAUAAUCUUGAAGAAGAACGUAGAAAACAUAUCAGCACAAGUGAAAGUCUUCGUGAAAACCAUAUCAAGAAUGAAGAGACCGUCCAGGCACAUAAAAACAAACUUCGUGAGAUUCAACAAACCGUUCAACUUCAUGAGGCUGAAAGAAAAGAUUUGCAAGAUGAGCGUGAGCAAUUGAUGAAGACCAGAGCUCGACUUGAACUCUUGGUCAGCGACCUUGAAGGUUCUCAAAUGUCUGAGGAACAAUACAAAGCCACAGUGGACAAACAAUUGGAAGAACUCAAUCAGCAAAUCUCAAUUCAACAAGCUGAAAUGGAUCAAAUCAAACCUCAAUACACUCAACUUGUGGAAACUAUGCGUGGAUUAAGAACAGAAUUAAGAACACUUCAAGCUGAACAACAACACAUUUAUGCCAAACAAGCAAGAGCUUCUAAAUUCACUAGCAAGUCGGAGCGUGAUACUUGGCUUCAAACGCAAAUUGCUGAUUUAACCAACAAUUUACAAGUACGCCAAUCUCAACUUGAAAACCUGGAGCAGGAGAAGCGUACAGCCCACGAAGCCAUUUUGAUCAAGACACGCACGAUUGAUGAACUAAAGGAAAAACACCGCAAUCGUUAUGAAGAACGCGAGACAUUAGCUGCUGAAGAAAUCAAGUAUCGCACAGAACGUGAUGAAGCCACUGAAGAACGUAAGACAUUGUGGCGCGAAGAGGCACGUAUGGAAGCUACCUUGAGAAACUGUCAAGAUGAAAUUCGCAAGGCCGAGAGAACACUUGCUGGUUCAAUGGAUAAGAACACCAGUAUGGGUUUGGCUGCUGUCAAUCGUAUUGUGAAUGAACAUGGGAUAGAGGGUGUGUAUGGCCCUGUAUUUGAAUUGUUUGAAGUUGCACCUGAACUUGAGACUGCUGUUGAAGUCGCUGUGGGUGCUAGUUUGUUCCAUGUCGUUGUGGAUACUGAAGAAACAGCUUCCAAUGUACUGGAGAUCAUGAACAAAGAAAAAGCGGGUCGUAUCACAUUUAUUCCUCUGAACCGUGUUAAAGCACGUCAGACAGAAUACCCUCAAAAGGACGAUGCUGUUCCUCUGUUGAGUCUGUUGCAAUACGAUAGUCGUUACCAAAAGGCCUUUGAACAGGUCUUUGGUGGUGUUGUUCUCUGCCGUACGUUGGAAGUCGCUUCUUCUUAUGCCAAGACUUACAAAGUCACUGUGGUCACUGCUGAAGGUAACCGCGUCGAUGGUCGUGGUGCUAUGACAGGUGGUUACAUUGAUACCAGAAGAUCACGUCUCAGUGCUGCUAAAAAGUUAAGGACAUGGCAAUCCAAACUGGAAGAAGAACAGGUCCGUGGUCGUCAGAUCAAGAAUCAAAUUGUCCAAUUGGAUCAAAAGGUCACUCGUUUGGUGAGUGCUUUACAGACCUUGGCAGCCAAAAAGAAGAAGCUUGAAUUCUUGGAUGACUCACAAAACUUGGAAACCAAAUUAAGAAAAGAAGAAGAUUUGCUCAAGAGUACACUUGCUCAAAAAGAGAGAAUGUUGGACAAUAUUCGAGUACACGGUCAAUUACUUGAGAAGCAAUUGUUGGGUUAUCAACAUGAAUUGACGACUGAACUCUCACAAGUGCUUUUAGAGGAAGAACAACGGAUUUUACAACGCAACACUAGCUCUAUGGAGCAAAUCAGCCAAAAACUUGCUGAGAUCAAUGCUGAAAAGAGUCAGAUUGAAAGUCGUAUAAAAGCCUUAAAAGAAAGCCUAGAGAAUGAUAUGUUACGCAGAAAAGAUGAUUUAGUGAGUAAGCGUGAUCGUGUCUUGACCCAUGGUAGCCUAGAAGACUUGAACAGAAGAAAGCAAGAACUCAAGAUGGUCACCAAAAAGUUAGUUAGAGUAACGAAGCGUAUUGGUGAUCUUGAUAAUGACAUUGAUGAGCUACAAGAAGACGAUGUUAAGAUCAGUGAUGUUUUGGAGAAAGCUACUGAAGUGCAAAUGAAGAUCUCACAAAGCAUCAGUUAUGAAGAAAAGAAGUUGGAAGAGAAUGUGUUGAAACGCUCUUUAUUAGUACAAAAGAAAGAAGAAUGUAAUGCUAAUAUUCGAGACUUGGGUGUUUUGCCUGAUGAAGCAUUUGAGAAAUACAACAGUUAUCGUAUUGACAAGUUACUAAGAAGACUUCAUCGUGCUAAUGAAAGGUUGAAAAAGUAUAGCCAUGUCAACAAGAAGGCCUCUGAACAAUACACUCGAUUCAUUAAGCAAAGAGAUCAGCUUCUUAUUCGUAAAGAAGAAUUAGACAGAUCAGCGCAGUCCAUUCAUGAAUUGAUUGAAUCCUUGGAUCAACGUAAAAAUGAAGCUAUUGAGCGUACUUUUCAUGAUGUUGCUGGUAACUUCAGUAAGAUCUUUGAACUCCUUGUACCAGCUGGUAAAGGUGAAUUAGUCAUGAAGUCAGAUGCCCAAGAUACGAUGGACAUUGAUGAUAGCCAUGUCAGUGUAGAUCGCUAUAGCGGAGUAUCAAUCAAGGUGUCAUUUAAUAGCAAAUCGGAUGAAGGUAUGAUCAUGCAGCAGCUAUCGGGGGGUCAAAAAUCGCUUGUUGCAUUGGCCUUGAUAUUUGCUAUUCAACGCUGCGAUCCUGCUCCUUUCUAUCUGUUUGAUGAAAUUGAUGCCAACCUAGAUGCACAAUACAGAACAGCCGUUGCAGACAUGAUUCAUAAAAUGUCAGAUAACGCACAAUUCAUCACAACUACAUUCCGACCUGAAUUAUUGGCGAAUGCAAACAAAUUCUAUGGUGUCACUUUCCAAGGCAAAGUGUCUCGUAUUCACGCUAUUACAAAAGAAAAUGCACUUGGAUUUGUUGAACAGGAACAAACACAUUAAUUUUUUC